AACGGUAAAAAUGUCCUGCAUUUGUCUGGGUCCCAAGCGUUCGGGCAAGACCCACCUGCUGAAGGCGCUCCAAGAGCCGGACUCUAUUGACGAGACAAGCUACUCCAUGCCCACCAUUGGCACGGGCAUUUAUCGCAUUCAUUUUCCCACCAAAUCGCCAAACAGCGACAAACCAAAGCCACCGCCAGCGGAUGGAUCCGCACCUGCACACCCCCACGGGAGCAAGCAUCUGCCCAAGUCCAUUCAGAUACUGGAGAUAGGCGGCAGCAUGGCUCCACUGUGGCGGCAGUACUUUGAGGACGUGAAAAAACUCAUCUAUGUGGUGGACACAUCCAAUCUAUGCCAGAUCUCAGCAGCUGGGGUGUUAUUUUACUCCAUACUGACGGAGCCACGACUACAGAAGGUAAAGAUUCUGCUGGUGCUGGCCAAAAUGGAUUAUUCCUACAGGCAGAUGCGCAAUGAGGCGCUGCUCAUGCUGCAAAUGUCCAAGCUGCAGAAGCAAAUACGCCAACAGGUGACCAUUGUGGAGGCCAGUGCGGUGAACAAAGUGGGGCUGGACGCCAUCUACGAGUGGCUGCAGAGGCAGUAGGGCGUGGAUAUUGAAUAAAAGCUGCUC